CUGCCUGCCUGCCGGCCGGAGUAGCAUUCCCGCCCAGCGCGCUGAGGGCGUAGUUGGCUUCCGGGAAUAGGCGUAGAUAUUUUCGAGGGCCGCAGUUUGCGCAGCAUUGGGCCGCCCGUAACGUAACCGAAGCGGGUUGGGGCGGCGGCAGCCAUUUUGUGCCGGGAGCCCGGAGGAAGAAGACGUUGGUGUCUCCACACUUCACGGGCCCUGGAGCCGACCGAGAGCCCCGCCGUUCCCUCUGCUGACGUCCAGCGGGUCUCUGACCCACUGACCACUUCUUCUCCUUUUGUAUCCCACCAAAGAAGCGAGGUGGCGCAAAGCGAAUCCUCCGAGGCACAGCCGCCUCUGGCUGGACCCUCUCCCCGUACCCCCAGUCCCUCGCCGUCCCCACGGCCGGCGUUCCGUUGCCUCUCUCCCACCCCUCCGGGUGCGAUGAGAGGCUUCGGGGACCGGGGCCGCGACCGAGACCGCGGCGGGUUUGGAGCAAGUCGUGGAGGUCCCCUUCCUCCAAAGAAAUUUGGUAAUCCAGGGGAACGUUUACGGAAGAAAAAAUGGGAUUUAAAUGAGCUGCCCAAGUUUGAGAAGAAUUUUUACGUGGAGCAUCCAGAAGUGGCCAGGCUUACUCCAUAUGAGGUUGAAGAGUUGCGCCGAAAGAAGGAGAUAACAAUUCGAGGAAUGGAGGGCUGUCCCAAGCCUGUGUUUGCUUUCCACCAGUGUAGCUUUCCGCAGUAUGUGAUGGAUGCCUUGAUGGACCAGAACUUCACAGAACCCACUCCAAUUCAAUGCCAAGGCUUUCCACUAGCCCUCAGUGGUCGUGAUAUGGUGGGCAUUGCGCAGACUGGCUCUGGGAAGACACUGGCAUACUUGUUGCCUGCAAUUGUUCACAUUAACCACCAGCCCUAUUUGGAGAGAGGGGAUGGCCCAAUUUGUCUGGUUCUAGCACCCACCAGAGAGUUGGCUCAGCAAGUGCAGCAGGUGGCUGAUGAUUACGGCAAAUGUUCAAGGCUGAAGAGUACCUGCAUAUAUGGAGGAGCACCCAAAGGGCCCCAAAUCAGAGAUCUAGAAAGAGGUGUGGAGAUUUGCAUUGCUACACCGGGUCGUUUGAUUGACUUCCUUGAGGCAGGAAAGACCAACCUUCGCCGCUGUACGUACCUGGUGCUGGAUGAAGCAGACAGGAUGUUGGACAUGGGAUUUGAACCCCAAAUUCGUAAAAUUGUUGACCAGAUUAGGCCUGACAGACAGACUCUGAUGUGGAGUGCCACCUGGCCAAAAGAAGUGCGCCAGCUCGCAGAGGACUUCCUGCAGGACUAUGUUCAGAUCAAUGUUGGAAACUUGGAGCUGAGUGCCAACCACAAUAUCCUGCAGAUAGUGGAUGUGUGCAUGGAAAGCGAGAAAGACCAUAAGCUGAUACAACUGAUGGAAGAAAUCAUGGCAGAGAAGGAAAACAAGACUAUCAUCUUUGUGGAGACAAAGAGGCGAUGUGAUGAUCUCACUCGAAGGAUGCGCAGAGAUGGUUGGCCAGCUAUGUGUAUCCAUGGAGACAAGAGUCAGCCAGAAAGAGAUUGGGUGCUUAAUGAGUUUCGUUCUGGAAAGGCUCCUAUCCUCAUUGCUACCGACGUUGCAUCUCGUGGGCUAGACGUGGAAGACGUUAAAUUUGUGAUAAACUACGACUAUCCGAACAGCUCUGAAGAUUAUGUGCACCGUAUUGGCCGUACCGCACGUAGUACCAACAAAGGUACUGCCUACACCUUCUUCACCCCAGGAAACCUGAAACAAGCCAGGGAGCUUAUCAAGGUGUUGGAAGAAGCCAAUCAAGCCAUCAAUCCAAAGCUGAUGCAGCUUGUGGACCACAGAGGAGGAGGUGGUGGCGGUGGAGGAGGUCGCUCUCGUUACCGAACGAGCAGUUCAGUAAACAACCCUAACCUGAUGUACCAGGAAGAGUGUGACAGGAGGCUCCGGGGAGUGAAAGAGGGCCGGAGAGACUCAGGUGGCUUCAGAGACCGUGAGCGUGGUGACAGUUACGCCAACGGAGCCAACAAGACCUAUGGCAGUGCCUACGGGAGCCCAAAUUCUGCUUUUGGGGCGGCGCAGAGCCAGUAUGGUUACGCUCAAGGGAGCUAUGGAGCAGCUGCCUAUGGCACGAGUGGCUAUGGCACUGCAGAGUACAGUGCUAGCGGCUAUGGUGCCAGCACCACAGCUGCCACAGCUGGGAGAACCUCACAGAGCACUACCCAACAGCAGUAUGCAGGGAUGGUGGGGCGCACGGGCCAGCAGCCCCAGCCCCUCAUGUCACAACAGUUUCCUCAGCCCCCUGCCACUAAUGUGAUGGGCUAUAUGGGACAGACUGCCACCUACCAGUACCCGCCCCCUCCUCCACCCCCUCCCCCCACCCGCAAAUGAAACCACUCAGUGUAGACCUCUUGCAUUUAAAGGAACCUUUUCUUUCUCUUCUUUCCCAUUGUGAUGUCUCUCUCACGCAGGUUAGACUUAGAAUUCACCAUUCAGAUCCCUUGAGCCCAUCAAAAAACGGCCCCCAGUCCACAUGACUCACCCUGUCCUCUUCAUUUUUUUUGUUGCUGUUCUUUCUUUUUUUUUUUUUAAGAGAUAUAUAUAGUUGACUGGAAAAUGUAUUAUUUUUUGUCUUGCAUGUUGAGGAAAUUGGAAAUUUUAUUUUCUCUUAAAGGGUAUAAGGCAGAUAGGUCCCAGCUCCAUCGUCUUGAUGUCAAAGGUUUGUAGGGGGCGGGGGAAGAAAACAACUUGGCUUUUGAGGGGAGAAAGUUUCCAUUCUGUAACAUGUGAACUUAAUUUCAGGAAGUUAUUGAGAGAGGUGGGAAACUGGGGAGCCAAAAAGCACUUCAUUGAAAAUGAUAAAUGCAAGGGAGCAAUGCUCACUUCUCCUAAUCUUAAUUUCUUUUUUGAUUAAAUAGCUCACUUUUACCACUUGUAGUCUGUCGUAGGUGGCUUCUGUAGGAAAACUCUGCUCCUUUGCCUGAGCUGGGCGGUGUUCAGAGUAAUGCCCCAGGUACAGCUCUAUCUUCUGGUACCCUCAGCAGCCCGCAGUAAGGAAGUUGGGGUUAAACCAAACCCCCCCAGUGUCAGAGACCAAACCUCUCUUGGAUUCAGUACCUGAAAAGCAGGUAGCUGCUGCAGGUCCUGCUGCUGGAACCAGCCAAGCAAGUCCUUUCCCUACCGUGGUUCAGUUGCAGCGUGGCAAACACGCGGAGCCGCGGUUACUCAUCACUUAGUUUCUGCUCUCAAAUUGCCAUUGUUGGGUUUAGUGGGAGGAGUCUUUGUGAGCCCAGAAACUAAAUGGAGCUGAGAUGAUGGGGGAACGUGUCUCGUUUCAUCACCAACGAGGUACCUGUUGCCACAGGGGAUGUUCUGAACGCCGCUACGCUGAAUAAAAUGUGACGGAGUUUUCAACACUUAAGAGGUUUGGGGCAGGGGGUGGUGGGGGGAGGGCAAGGGAAGGAAGGGAGAAGGAAGGAGGAGAUUGCCUGAAAUCUCCUCUCCAUGAGGUAAGCGGUGAGCUGGUUAGCACAUCUCAAUUCUGAAGCUUGCUUUCUUUUAUACCUUGCUCUGACUGCUGCUCUUUCUGGCUUUUGAGUGCAUUUCCCUGCUCCACUGGUCCCUCUGAGCUGAGCUCUCGCAGGUAGGUAGCAUUUUAGAAAAUGUUAGAGAAGAGUGACAUUUUAGUCAAUACUUAAAUAAAACUUGUUUAUUUUACAGGCUGAGGUGGGUGUGAGGGGGUUUCCCCUUUAGUAAAGCAUGUUGUUGACUUGUUAUUUCUCAUACCAGACGGUUCAGAAGACAGUAGAUGGUAACAGGAGUUGGCUGCUCUUGAGCUGAUAAUGGGACAAGAGAAUGGAGACGUCUCGUGGGCUGUGAGGUGGAAUCUUGGGUUGGGGCUUUUUCUGUUGCAUGGACAAGGCAGCCUCCUGCUCUUGGAGCAGAGUGGGAUUUCUUAGAGCCUGGGGAAAGAGCUUGCUCAUGCAGAAGUUACGUCUCCUUUAAAUUGAGUUUCUUCCCAAGUAAAAUCUGGGGAGGUGAAUGUGCUUUGCUUUUUUUGUUUUUCUUUUUUCUUGGUGCAGUACACAGGUAGGUUGCUGACACAUUGGGGACAGGGAGAGAUCUUCCAUAACUACUCCUGUCUACUCAUUUCAGUGCUUGGGCGGGAAGUUCCUUUGCUUGUGUUAAGUGAAAGCCAGAAACAUUUCCUUUACCCAGGCACUGACUGGUGUGUCUUUGGCCUCUCUCACAAGCAAAUACAGAGCUUUAAUUUGGUUUGGGUUUUGGUGGGUUUUUUUCCUUUCAAAAUAUGUGAGUUGACUGCAGAAAUGUGUUUGAGGGGUGUAGGAGUUAGGACAUCUCACUGACUGGUGUUGAAAAGGGUCUCUGGACCACCCCAGCUGCCUUACAGCCAGCUCUGGCUUUCAGUUCUUUUCGUUUUUUGGGGGAAGACGGGACUUGUGCACAUGUAAAGAUCCCUGCCAAGUCUCACAGUGCUUUAUUCUGCCAUUGAGGUCAGCUGAAGUCCAGGGUCAUGGUUCAGUUCCAGAAGUUAUCAACGCACCGCAGCACGUGCGGCCCCCGUCCCACCUGGUGCUCGCUGCUCUGUUCCAUAUCCCAGCUGGAGGGCCCUUGUUGAUAUAAAAGCAUUAGCAUCUAGUAUUGUUUGCGUUGUUUUCCGAUCUGUAACAAGUUAGUGGGAGUUGUUGGGUGUCUCCUCCCCUCCCACUUCCUGAAGCGAUUUACUGUUUGGACUUCUCUGAAGGAUGGAAGGGUCAGUGGCUUUGUUGGGGGAUCAGCAUCUCGUUUCACACGCCUGCUGGUCUCUGAACACAUUCCUGUUGUAUUAAUGAAGACUUGAAUUGAGAGAUUCAUAGAUCUGUGGUGUUCAGACACAGGAUACGAAGAGCUAUGUUACUGUUCUUAGUUUGUAAAUUGUCCUUUUGAUACCAUCUUGUUUUCUUUUGUAGGUAUAAAUAAAAAACACUGUUGUCAAUAAA